AAACGAGAACAGCCAGCGUGUGAUUUCUUUUUUCUUUUGUCACAUUAAGUUUUCAAACGUUACAUUAAGUUUUCAAACGUUUAUCGUCAAUGACGCCGCGUUUAAAAUAGGCGGAAAGUAGAUAGUAUGUCUACGGUCUGUAACACACACGAAAGUAAAUCAGAAAGCUGUUCGAGUCCAGUCGCGACACGAAUGCGAGCUCGAGUCCUGCGCUUGUUAUUUAUCACACCGUUAUGAGUGACGUGUAACUGAUCUCAGGAGUCUAUAAUCAAGCGUCAAAAGACAUAAACAAACACUAAUUAGCUUUAUGGUUUAUCUUAAGCGUUUAAGGUGUGUUUAGUGUUGCAUCGAUUAUGAAAGGGAGCAUUCAAGGCUGCAAAUUGAAGAAUGCGAUUUAAAGUUGCAGAUCGUAUGAUGGAGAGAAACAACAUAUUUUAACAUGUAGGUGACAUGAUCCUAAAAAAAAGCCCGUAUCGGUGAAUAGUACGUGAAUAGAUUUCAGUCUGUCUGCUUCAGCGUGGUACAUUGUUGCACUGAAAGGUACAAAGAUGAUGUACUCUUCACGCAGAAAACCAGUGCUGUAUUUCAAAGAUGACAGAAGUUUUUUAUCAAGAAAAUGCACCGUCUGGAAGCUUUUCGGGCUCUGCAUUGUGUUUGUUCUGGGGUCUCUUCUUUGGGUGCAGCUGACUUGUUCAGGAGACAUGAGCCAGGCGGUUGGGUACAGCCACCUCCCUCACCAGCCCUGUCCGAUGGAGAGACAAGCUCCCUCUGUUGAUGACCCAUCCUGGGGCCCUCACAAAAUGGCCCUCAUCGUUCCAUUCAGAGAGCGCUUUGAAGAGCUUCUUGUAUUUGUCCCAUAUAUGCACGCUUUUCUCAACAAAAAGAAAAUACGGCAUAAAAUAUUCAUUAUCAACCAAGUGGAUCGCUUUCGAUUCAAUCGAGCUUCACUUAUUAAUGUUGGAUAUAUGGAGAGUGAUAAUGACACGGACUACAUUGCGAUGCAUGAUGUAGACUUGUUGCCUCAAAAUGAAGAUCUAGACUAUGGAUUCCCAGAUGAGGGACCCUUCCAUGUGGCCUCACCAGAGCUUCAUCCCUUAUAUCAUUAUAAGACUUAUGUGGGUGGGAUCCUGUUGCUCACCAAGAAACAUUAUCAAAUGUGCAAUGGAAUGUCAAAUCGCUUCUGGGGAUGGGGAAGAGAAGAUGAUGAAUUCUUCAGAAGACUGCGAACUGCUGAACUUCAGCUUUUUAGGCCAAAGGGUAUUACUACAGGAACUAAAACAUUCAAACACAUCCAUGAUCCAGCUUGGAGAAAGAGAGAUCAGAAGCGGAUUGCUGCACAAAAGCAGGAGCAAUUUAAGGUGGACCCAGAGGGUGGCCUAACUAACAUCCGCUACAAGAUGGAGUCCAGACAGGAACUGACCAUAAGUGGAGCUCCAUGUACUGUCAUCAGCACGUCUCUGGAGUGUGACCUCAGCCAGACCCCAUGGUGCCAAUUCAGCUAAUGUGCUUCAGCAGGAUCUGUAAAGCCAGAAUUGUACCAAUUCUCCCUCUGCUGUGGCAGGACAGCUUUGACAGAUUUCACACUUGAAAUAUCACGCUGAUCAUCUUACCAAAAGGACUUGAAUUGAUGAUUACGAAUUGGUGACUCUUUGAGGUUUUGUUUUUAUAGGUCCGUGUUAUUUACUUCGUCCAUGAUGAAGCGCUGCCUUGACUUGCCUCAUUUUUUACUGAACUGUAGACCAGUGUCAGGUACUGCACCGAGUUUGCAUCAGCAUCAUGUCAGUCUUUUAAUGAUGUAUUUUAUAAUAUUUUAUUAGCAGUGGCCUGUUUAUGGACUGUUUCUCAUAGUGCAAUUGUGAGUUUUUGCUCAGCCCUGUCUUAACAGAAUUCAACUUUCUUUUUGCUUGAAUUCAGAAACUAGAGAAUUACUUCCUGGAUACUUGGUAUCUUGAAAAAGGACAAUAUUAUUGUAUAAAACAUGGGUUUAAGGGUACUUUGUAUUUGCGCAUUAUUCAGUAUUUAUAUUUAAAAAAAAGUCCCCUAAUUUGCAUUAGCUUUUUAUGUUUUGUUUGUAAUUCAGAAUGCAUUAAAUGCUGUUACAGGCAUCUUGCAUCCACAGGACUGUAUAGAGAUUCCAAAAGCUAUAGCCAAAAACAUGAACGUCUUUCAGUGCAACGGAGCUAAUACAAUUCUGACACCACGUCUUUAUUAUUUUUAUUAGCAAAUUUGGCAAUGUCUGAACAUAAACUGUGAAUCAGUACUCUUUCCAAACAGCAAUAUGUUUAUGUAAUUAUGUAAUGUUUUGUUUCCUGUGGCAAUAAACUGC